AUGUUUAUGCAUUUGAAAAAUGUACCACUCUUCACAUCUGCCUCACUCAUUGUAUUGAUUCAGUUAUUCUGUACAUUUGGAACAUUAAAUGGCUUCGAAUUGCCUUUGGAGUUGUUGCAGGAGGGUGUUAAUGCAGCCAAAUCGAUGGAUUAUGCACGUCGCAUGGCAUUUCCUUUGUCAGCUGGCGACAAUGGUGUCGAAUUGCCACCCACCAUUGAGGACAGCAUGGAUUUAAAUGCCCCCAAUGGCUUUGGCCCUGCCGCUAUGGAGGAUAAUGAUGAUGAUGAUGAUUUGGAUGAUGCUGUUGUGCCCAUGAAAAGUGAAAUGCCCAAAUGGUUGCAAAUGCAACUACAACCGGAACCUCAGCAACAUAACAACAACAACAACUACCAACAACAGCAGCAGCAGCUCCUCUCAACCAUGCUACCCAAACAUAAACAAUCUAACAAACAUCAACAUCAUCAUCAUCAUGACAGUCGCCAGGUUCAUGCAGCCUCCUCACCCCUCAGACGCUGUUCCAUUGAAAUUUCUAGCAAAAUUCCUGGCAUUUGUCAAACCAUGGGCUCCAUCGGCAGUGCCUGUGUAUCUGGUGACUACAUCGAUGUUUUCAAUGCGGAAUGUUUGUAAACAACACCCACUGAAUGGAAUAACUUUGAAAUU